AUAAAAUUGCGCUGCAAUUUCACCAAAGAUGCAUUCAUUCGCACAUCAGAAGAAUAUGACUCAUUGAGUAAUGACACAAAAGCUCAGUUUGAUGAGUGCAAUGCAUCCCUUCCCACAAAAUCAGCAUUAUGGAUAGCAUUAAUUCUGGCCAUGUGUUUCAUGUUGUUUUUGGAAUCUAAUUUCUUAUUCAGGCUGAAGAAGGAAUAUUUCUUCCUCACUGGAAAUUUUGUGCGAAUCCUUCGGUCAGCUUGCACUCUGGUCACUUUGGUUCCCCAAGGACUCUGUCAGUACAAUUACCUAGUGUUGAACAUUCUGCAGUGGCAAUUUGGCGUUGCAGCCCUUCUCCUAGCCUGGCUUCAUCUUAUAAACACACUCAAUGAACUGCCAAUGUUGUCUGUCUUCAUGCCCAUCACAAACAGUUUCAUGAAGAGCUUCUUCAAGGUUCUCUUCUACAUCAUUAUGCUCGUUUUUGUUUUCGCCUUCAUCUUCCAUCUCCUCCUUCAGGAUCAGGAUGCCUUCUUCACUGUGCCACAGGCCAUGGUGAAGACUAUUGUAUGGAUGCUUGGUGACUUAGCCUACGACGACACCUUCCUGGCAGAGAAGAACACUCUCCUUUACCCUGUUAUGGUUAACAUUCUCUUUGUGGUGUUCGUCACUGUCAUUGGAGGUUUCAUUGUGAACUUGAUCAUUACGCAACCUUCCAAUAAACUAGAUGACUUCAGGGAAAAGGCUUCAUUUCAUCUUGCUGCAAACCGAGUUGCUCUCUUCCUCCGUUUGGAUAUCUGCUUCCCCUUCUUCAAGAAAAUGAGGAUGACCCAAUUCUUUGUUGAUGAUAUAAAGGACAAGCACCAUAAUUUUUUGACAAGGAAGCUCCUCAUGCUUGACAUGAAGGAGGAAGCACCUGAAGCACCCACUCCUAUCGAAGUCCAAUUAGAAGAACAGAGGAAACAUAUCAGCAUGUUACUGAACUUGCAAAUGGAACAGAAGGAAGAAAUGCAAGAACUGAAACACCAAUUGAAAAUAUUGGUUAAUAAGACUCUGCAGUAAAUUCUGAAUUCUGAUUGUUGAAUAUAAUUUGUUUGAUACGAAGAUACUUAUUUGAGGCUGACUCGUUUUGUUUUUUUUUGUUUUUUUUUAUAAGCCUGUGGCUGUGCUAUGAUUUGUGUAAAUCUUAUGUACUUUAAUGAAUUAUUUUAGUUCUUUAUAAAGCGACUGCACUCCACUGUACCUUCUCAUGUAAUCUCAACUCAUAACAGUUUGUUAUAUAUUUCUUUAGGUGUAAGCAAUAAAAUAUAUAGGUAUACU